AUGCAGGUUGUCUCUACUUUUACGCAAUGUUUAUUGUUCUUCAGUUUUAUUGGUCCUUAUUUUCAAUCAUUUUCAGAAGCUCGAGGUGCAGCAUCAUCGGUAAUUCGAUUUAUUGAAGAGGAAAAUGACACACGUAUUAAUGAAACAAAUGAAUGGAAAGAGGAUGCAAAAUCCUUUCACAGAAUCAAUGGUGAUAUUGAAUUCGACAAUGUCAAUUUUAAAUAUCCAUCUCGAAAAGAUACAUCAGUUCUUCGUAAUCUCUCCUUUGUUGCUCGUGCUGGUCAGACAACAGCUCUUGUAGGUUCAAGUGGCUGUGGAAAAAGUACAUGUAUAUCAUUGUUUCUUCGUUAUUAUGAACCUUCAUCUGGUCGAAUAGCGAUCAAUUGUCGGCCAAUAACAGAUUACAAUGUCAAACAUCUUCGACAAAACAUUGGAGUUGUUAGUCAAGAACCUAUUCUGUUUGGAAUGAGUAUUUAUGACAAUAUUCGUUUUGGUGUAGCGAAUGCGACACGAGGAGAAAUUGAACAAGCAGCACGCGAAGCAAAUUUGCAUGAUUUUAUCAUGCAACUACCAAAUAAAUAUAGAACGCUUAUUGGUAAACAUGGUAUACAGUUGAGUAGUGGCGAAAAACAACGUAUUGCAUUAGCUCGUGCUAUUGUUAAACAGCCUGCAUUCCUCUUACUAGAUGAAGCAACAAGUCGCACAACUAUUGUUAUUGCACAUCGUUUGACUACAAUUCAAAAUGCUGAUCAAAUAUAUGUAUUAGAUAAUGGAAGUGUGAUUGAGCAAGGUACACAUGAAACAUUGAUGGCAAAAGAAGGAGGAAAAUAUCAAUCAAUGGUCAAACGUCAACAAAUGGAAAGAAUUCAUGAUGAUAAAGAUGAUAUGACGAGCAUACAUAAAGCAACAAAAGAAGAGGAAAAGUCUCUAUCAGGAUCAAAAUUGACACAACGUAUUCGUUCGAAAGCUUUUGCAUGUCUUCUUCGUCAAGAAAUUGCUUAUUUUGAUCGACCUGAAAAUAGUUCUACUUCAAUAUGUGCUCGUCUUUCUUCUGAUGCAUCAGCCGUUCAAGAGAUGUGUGGUACACGAUUAGGAGCCAUCUGUGAAGCUUGUACAUCAGGAUGUGGCAAAUCAACAAUUAUUCAACUGUUAGAACGAUUCUAUGAUGUUACAAGUGGUCAACUAUUUCUUGAUGGCAUUGAUAUUCGACAGCUAAACCUACAAUCGGUUCGCUCUCAUUUUGGUCUUGUUAGUCAAGAACCAAUUUUAUUCGAUUUAACUAUUGCUGAAAAUAUAUCAUAUGGCUUAGAAAAUGUUACAAUGAAAGAUAUUAUCAAAGCUGCAAGAACCGCUAAUAUUCAUCAAUUUAUUGAACAAUUGCCUCAGGGUUAUGAAACAAAAGUAGGGUUAAAGGGUAGUUUAUUGUCAGGUAGUGAGAAGCAACGUAUUGCUAUUGCUCGAGUUCUUAUUCGUCGACCUAAAGUAUUGCUCUUAGAUGAAGCUACAAGUGCCAUGGAUUCAUAUAAUGAACAACUAGUACAAAAAGCUCUUGAACAAGUUCAAACAGAAGAUUCUAGUCGAACAUCACUGAUUAUUGCUCAUCGUCUUUCAACUAUUCGUUCAUGUGAUUUGAUUUGUGUACUUGAUGGAGGACAUAUAGUGGAAAGUGGUACUCAUACAGAAUUGAUAUCACAGCGUGGAGCUUAUUAUAAAAUGCUUGCUGAAAACAAUUUACAAUGA